AUGCGUCGAUUCUCAUUCUUUUACCCGUCCAUCUUCUUGCUCAUAUCAGCACUGCUUUCAUUUCACUACAUUUCCUCCUGCGUUUACGGUCUCCGGCACACUCAAUCACAUCACGAAUGGCGCGAGACUGGCAUCGUCGAAGCUAGGCUGGCUCAACCAAGGCAAAGCGGCUACACCUGCUCUAAGAAAGAGCCAUGUCCUAACGGUGCUUGUUGCGGUGUUAGUGGUUGGUGUGGUUAUGGCCCAACGUAUUGUGGAAAAGGUUGUCAGUCCAACUGUAAUGCCAAAGCAGAAUGCGGCAAGUUCGCUCCCAAAGCCGAACAAUCUUGCCCCCUUAAUGUCUGCUGCUCAGAAUUUGGUUUCUGCGGUACAACAAGCGAGUUCUGUGGCAAAGGUUGUCAAUCCAACUGUCAUCAGCCGAAGCCGUCCGGCCCUCCGUCAAAUGUUCAGAAACGAGUGGUCGGAUACUGGGAAGCGUGGAAUACUCAGCAUCUAUGUGGUACUAUGGAGGCUGGAGAGAUUCCUGCCAAUUAUCUGACUCACUUGAAUGUUGCAUUUGGAUACAUCACUUCGGACUUUCGAAUUACUAACAUGGAUGGCCUGUCAACCAAUGUUUAUGAAAGUGUUGGUGACAUAAAGGCUCGGAAUCCGAACUUGAAGCUACUCAUUGCCCUCGGUGGUUGGAAAUUCAGCGAUCCAGGUCCGUGGCAAAGCGUGUUUCCAGCUAUGGUGUCUACAGCGGCGAAUCGAGCAGUGUUUAUAAAAAAUGCCUUGAAAUUCUUAGAGAACUAUGGGUAUGAUGGAUUGGCUUACAAUGAAGCAGAUUGGGAGUACCCUGGAGCCGACGAUCGCGGCGGCACUGAGAAGGAUGGCGAAAACUAUGCUGUGCUGUUAAAGGAACUGCGAGCCGCAAUCAAAGCCAGUGGCCGCGACUAUCUCGUCACAUUUACGGCUCCAACCUCUUACUGGUAUCUUCGCCAUUUCGACUUGGAGAACAUGGUUCCUCAUGUUGACUGGGUGAAUUUAAUGUCAUAUGACCUUCAUGGAGUGUGGGACGGCAACAAUACAAUCGGUAAACAGGUCUUGGCCCAUAGCAACUUGACAGAGAUUGAUUUUUCACUUGAUCUAUUUUGGAGAGUCGGAGUUGAACCAUCAAAAAUCGUUCUAGGUCUCGGAUUUUACGGUAGAUCGUUCCGUUUAAAAGACCCUCGCUGUUGGAAGCCCGGAUGUGCCUUUAGCGGCCCAGGGGAUGCAGGCCCAUGUUUUGGCACUGCAGGCAUAUUAUCUUUCAGAGAGAUUACAGAUGUACUUCGUCGAACUGGCGCAACAGCUUACUGGGAUAAAAAGGCAGCCGUCAAAUAUAUGCCUUAUGGAAAGAACUCGUGGAUCUCUUUUGACGAUGUCCAAACGAUACAGACCAAGAUCGAUUACGCGAAUAAACUAGGGCUUUCGGGCUUGAUGAUAUGGGCCAUCGACCUUGAUAAUGGACAGCUAGAUGCGCUUAGAGCAACCUCUGAUCCGUCUGUCAUUGGCAACGACGACACCCCAUUUGAUCUAGUGGAUAUCAAGAAUAUUUUCCCGACUGAAUACCUUCCUCCUAACGGAUACACUCCAAGGUAUGGACUGGUUAACUUUGGGGGCUCUCUAGGCUCAGCCAAUAUGGAUCCAGGUAACGGCGGAUUUGGCUUCUUCCUCAUAUCAGGCGAUUCUCACGUCGCUUCGCCACUGACUAAACGGGACAAUGAGCCGGGUCCAUUCAAAUUCUUGGAUUGCCAUGGCACGAAAGUCGCAUUGCAGUCGGGCAUUUCCAAAGCCAGAGUUGCUUGCUUUAGUGAUGAUGUGGAAGGCUGCUUCCGAGUCAUGGAACAAGGUAUCGAGGGUACUCUGGUGGAGCUACCGGACCAUGUGAGUAAGUCCCUUAUUUUACAAACGUUGCAACAUGUAGCUCACCAGCCAGAUCAAUACAUCCCCACAAUGUUUGACGGCAGACAGCCAACCUCACAGGUCUUUGACUUUUACUUUGAUUUCAAUAUGGGUCUUGCCCGCCGAGAUACCAACAACACCAGCAUCCGUAUUGACUACUCAAAUGUCAAGGGCUACUGGGACUCUGUUGUCAACUCGCCUGGCAUCCAAACUCGGCAUCUUACACGCAGAUUCUUCGCCCCAUCAUCUGUAGAAUGGCAGAAAAAAUAUUCCAGCGACGGUUAUUCGGCAUUUGAAGAUUCCAAGUCUUUUGACAUUAGUGAAGAUGUACAAGCCCCACUACUGUGGCAGACUGCUCAAGAUUGUCCAGCAUCCCUUAACCGAGGAGCAUUUCAGAUUCAAGAGUCCAGUGGGUUCUUGCACGUAUCUGGAAACACAAAUUUUACAUAUGCCGUUGGGGGAGUCGGAUCUCUCGAUAUAUCGGAAGCUGGCAAGGGAAAUCCGGCCAUAAGUGACGACAUUCCGGUGACGCUAGGUGGGCAUGCUAUCAGUGCCGGCAACUCUGCUGAUAUGGCUACCUUUGAACCCUUUUACCAAAUUCAGUACGAGAUGGCCACUAUGAAUGGGACUGACAUAAGAAGUUUCGGAGACGACAGUAUUCCAUUCAAUGGGCGGCUACAAACCAGAAUUUUGUCCGACUUGGGUGACUCAACAGUAUAUUUUCCGAUUUCCAAUACAGAGUUAGAUGCGACCCCCAAGAAGCGCAAUGGAAACAGAAUCGUGGUACCGGCAACUAACGUAUUGUAUAAUGGACUGGGAUACGGUGGGAGAAUAGCUCUGAGCAGCAUUGUUACGUUUGGUCUGAAGAGUAAACUGCUUUUGGGGGGCCAACAUCUUCCCCUACCGAUUGAUCUGCCCAAUGUGAGCGAUUGGCAAAUGCUAUUGGCCGUUAAAUAUUAUGCAUCGGAGACGAAAUUAACCAGCUUAACGCUUGUAAUACAGCAAGCCCUAGAAGGUGAAAAGCAUUGCUACAAUGAGACCAACCACACUUUACUUGGCGGCCGAGGGAAAUUAUUUGGCUGGGGCUACAGUGCUGGAAAGUCGGUUGACGUCUCAGAUUUCCUAAAGGACGAAGCUAUCCUUAGCAUGUUUGACACCACCCAACCAAAAUUUGACUGCGAUGACUGUGUUGGUUGCGAAGAAGAGCAGAAAAAACGCAAAGAGGAUUUUUGUUGCGGAUGUGUGAGUAUGCAAUAUCUCUACGGCUAUACUGACUUCAAUCCCACAAUAGAUCCUCCCGAAGAGGGAGAAUGGAUCCCAGGCCACCAACCGAGGAGCGAGCUGGAUGAAGAAGAUGGGAAAGACCAUUCACUAGAGACACGGGCUAAUGGCAAAGCCACAUUGUCUCCCAAGAUAAUAAAGGUCUGUGGUCCUGCUAAAAUUAGACCGCGAAGUGCAUUCUACUAUCCCGCCUUCCCAGCAGAUGCAACAUAUGCAUGGGAGCAUAUCGAUCAAGGACGCUGGGAGCCCAUAUCUAGGUACUGGGGCAAUAUUUCUUCCUCUUGCACGAAUUGGGCUGCUGGCCAGCUGACUGCUGCCGAUGUCGAGUAUACUCCAGCGGGCAUAUACCGGGCCAAGUAUCAAACGGAGCAUGUUUUUGAAGGCCAGCUGAUAUCAAUCUUCUUCACUCAGUGGCUUGAUAAAGGGUUUUUCAAGCGCCAGAACCCUAUGCCUAGCAAUCCUCGGCCCAAGGUGCCCUGCAGCUUCACUGAGAUCUAUAUAAAGAAGAUAGUCUCUCUGAACUCAUGGGUGCUGAAGAAUAAAAAGCAGCCUUUUAUUCAAGUUCUUCUAGCAGAGCUGGGCAACAUGGAAACCCUUGAUCGCUUGACCAUUUUUAAGGCUAGACCAAACCUGAAGAAAGGAAAUGUAAGUAUUCUCCGGCUCUCUUCUCACUUUUUAUUUUUUAUUCCUCAGUUCUUCUUUGGUUCACAAGAUUUUCUAAUGCAACAAUAG